AUGCCUUGUCGAGACACAGCCAGCGGAAACAAAGAGCUGGAAAUUCAUCAAGCUCUUUUGAACUCCGGGUAUUGUGGUGCAGUAUUCAGAGACCAUCGGAAAGAAAAUCUUCAAGUAGAUCGCCACUCUUUGACGCCCGAUGCAAAAAAAGUAAUCCCUUUCCCCGGGAAAAUCCCACUUCAUUAUCGCCCGUCCCACAUAAAAGUAUUCGACUCGGUAUUGAGGAUGCUAAAGAACGCUACUUGUUGA